UUUUAUCAAAUAAAAUCAACCUACUAAAAUGAAAUGUAACGUGAAGAAAAAAAAACCUUUCACAACCAAUGGAAACCUCAACACUCUUCCUUUUCUUCUUCUUCUCCUCCCUCACCAUCUUCACCUACAAAGCUUCAUCCGUCGACAUCUGCGAACCCACCUCCUGCGCCGCCUCCGAACCCGUCAUCCGAUUCCCCUUCCGCCUCAAAACCGGCCAACCCGACAGCUGCGGCUACCCGGGUUUCGACCUCUCCUGCAACAACCAGACCCAAACAGUCCUCACCCUCCCACACUCCGGCGAAUUCACAGUCACCCACAUCGACUACCUCCAGCAAUGGAUCUCCAUCAACGACCCCAACUUCUGUCUCCCGAACCGGGUUCAAAACCUCUCUCUCUCUCAUUCACCGUUCAAACCUGCUUUCCUCAAAAACUACACGUUUCUCAACUGUUCGGCUCACAACUGGUCCGACUACACGAUGCACCGGUUCGAACCGGUGUUUUGCCUGAGUAAGAACCCGAAUUACACGGUCAUGGUUGUCGAUACGGACUCGUUUUCCGGCCAGGAUGUGCCUGCGGCGUGCCUGAAUAUGACGUCGGUGUCGGCGCCGGUGGCUGAAUUUGCGGCGGUGUAUAGGGAUUCGGUGAACCCGAGUGGGGAUCUUUUGCUGACGUGGACGUCUCCGAUGUGUUGGCCUUGUGAAGCUGCCGGAGGGAGUUGUGGGCUCUUGUCGGAUUCCGGUGUGGAAAUCGGAUGCUCAAGUGUUUCUGAAAGUGGUCUACCAAGGGCUGCUAAGUAUGGGAUUAUCAUUGGAGUUGGAAUACCUGGGUUUGUUUGCCUUAUUGGGCUUUCAUGUUAGACUUGUAGCAGGAUCAAGAAAUACAAUCAGCAACGCCAAAUUGAAGCUCAAUUCUCUAACUGGACUCCACAGCCUAUGGUAAUCAUAAUGGGCCUCAAUCGGCCCACCAUAGAGUCCUACCCAACAACUGUGCUCGGUGAACCCAAGCCCAAUGAUGGCACUUGCCCAAUUUGUUUGGCCGAGUACCAGCCCAAAGAAACCUUGAGAACCAUACCAGAAUGCAAUCACUACUUUCAUGCUAAUUGCAUAGAUGAAUGGCUUAGGAUGCAUGCCACAUGUCCAUUGUGCCGGAAUUCACCGGGCGAAUCAUCGGUGGCUACACCUCAUUCGUCAACAUCAUUGUCAUCAUUGUCGCCGUCGUCAAUUCAGUCUUACUCAUCAACGUCAUUGCC